UACGCUAGGGACGCGAACCCCUCUAGUACGUACCGUUAGGUAGCGAAAAGGUUAAAGAUGCCUCUUUAUGCCUUGCAGGUUACCCCUGUAGAUAAUAGUCACAGACGAACAAACGACCAGCAAAGAUUCAGCACCAGUUUUCAAUUCAGCAAACAAUCAGUACAAGUUUCUUAGUUUGUUCUAUUUUUCUUUUCGCUGCUAACAUCAAACUAGAAACGUCAGAAAACCAGCGAUGUCAUCCAUCGAAGUAAGUUUUCAAAGAGCAAGCGGGAGCAACUCAUCUGUGGUCUACGAAGCGAGAGACCACAGGCAUCUUCAUUGUUCAGCAUCUAUCGCAUACUUAAUUGUUUGCGGUUCCUAUCCCUUGGUAAAAAUGUAGAAUUGCRAAGAUUCGGGAUGUUGUCUCACUUUGUCGAUCGUGCAAAAAUCUCCACUUUCUUUUCCAUUCUCUUUUUUUUGGAAUGAUGCAACAUUCGGCACGAUAGGCUACUAAAAUACAACAGGCCAAAGAAGCCUUCAAGGCCGGGAAUUGGGCAGAAUCCGCGACGGCCGUUACGGAAGCUCUCGGGGAGGAAGGGAUUGUUUAUUCGAUGUUCCACAUGCGUGCCCGCGCCAACUUUGAGCAACAAGAUUAUAAAGCGGCUCUCAGGGAUGCACAGGCCAUGACGGCAAUCGAACCCAGUCAAGCCGAGGGGUAUCUCUUGCAGGCGAAGAUGUUCGGGUUGCUACAAAAGUAUGGUGCCGAAGUAGACAUCUUCCAGKACGGACUCAAAGCGGUCGAUCCCGAGGAUGAAAACUACGGUUUGCUAGAACAGGGACUCCACGACGCCAAGAAACUCUCCAAAUCGGUUYUGAACGAUCCGAAAAUGAUGGAAUUGUUCGUGCUCUUCGACAAGGACAACAAGUCGUCUGUCGACUUCAAGGAUGUUGCRAUCGGGCUUUAUCAGCUUACCAACAAUAUGGGGGAUGCCCAGCGCCAGGCGGCCGCCCUCUUGUUGAUGAUUGACGUUGACGACCAGCGAACCCUUAUAUAUGACAGGUUUGCAAAGCUCAUAAUUGCCAUGUCGGCGAUUUCUGGGAUCGCCUUCGAAGACCUUUAUGAGCAGCUCAAGAGCGCUCUGCAGGAAAAUAGACCUAUUCCCCAGAGACUCAUGAGCUGCAUCCAGGUGACGCAGAAUGAACUCGAUCUGGCUUGCGAAAACGUUAAGGACCACUCUGAUGCCAAAAAGACGCUGUGCGCCCUAUCCUACAGCCGAACGUCGAAGCUCUUCGAGCUGUGGGACGCGGACAGCAGUGGGACGAUCAAUUUCGAGGAAUUGCUGGCAGGUUUACGAAAGCACCAACGGGCCGUCACGAAAAAUUCGUUCAAGGCCACCAACGACCACGUGGCAGCAAACGCGAGCAAGCUGGACGAUGUUGAAAAGAACGCUCUGAUGGCCAUGGCAAAGGACAAGGACAACAAUCAGGAACUGGACAAGGAGGAAUUCGCCCACGCCAUGUCUGAGUAUGCGGAACUCAUCGAGGUCGACCUGCACGAGCUAAUCGAUUUCAUGUGCACUGUGGCCUCCCAGUCAGACGMAGAGGAAAAGGUGUCGGACUACGAGGCUAUGUACUCCGACGUAACGCCGUCUGCCUACAAGUCAUGGACGAUGAAAAARCAACAACUAGGUGGGCUUGGUACCAUUGUAGACAUGUGCGAAGAAGAAGAAGAAGAGGAUGACUUUUAGAUUUUAUAAAGAGUGCCAUUGUGC